AUGCCCCUCAUAACCGGCCUCCACCAUGUCAACCUCAUCGUCCCACCCAACACCCUCCCCGAAGCCAACGCGUUCUACGGGAAGACGUUGGGUCUGACGCCCCGGCCGGUGCCGCAGUUGCAGAAGGACAGGCUGGCGUGGUUUGAUAUCGGGACGUCGGGGCAGCAGGUUCAUAUUGCUUUUGGGAGGCCAGAGGUUGAUUUCACUGAGGAGGCGAAAGGGGCGUCGAGGCAUCCGUGUUUCAAGGUUGGGAGUUUGGAGGAGCUAGGGGAGUUGCAGAGGAGGGUUUGGGGGCAUUUUAGGGGGGUGGGGGAGGAGUGGGAACGGGGAAGGCCGUUGGGGUGUGAUGAGCCGGGGAAGGAGGAUUCUGGUGCAAAAGGGGUCGAGUACCCGACGAGGUUCUUUGCGCGGGAUUAUGCAGGAAAUCGGUUGGAAUUUACGCUGUGA